UCAGUAAUAGAUAUCUUUUUUAAAGGUUCUCCUUGUGAUACUCCUGAUUCAUCUCUAGCAAGUGCUAAUGUUCAUUUCUGCAAUUCCAAAAUCAGUGAUAUGGGAUCUACUUCCUGUCCGACUUUUAUUGAUGUGCAUUCAUCCCUCCAUAUGCUUAAUCCAGAUACUCCAGCAUUUCAACCAUUGCCUACAAAAUCAUCUCAAGUUCUGUCUACAUCUUCAUCCUAUCAAGCAUUAACUACAACUAGUCUGUUAUGUUCGGAAAAUUGUGGCUCAUCACUAUCACCUGCUAUUCUUGGUGUCAUUCCAACUGCUGUUGCAAAUGUACCUUCAACUAAGUUGAAACUAAAUAAUAAAUGUCUAGCAAAGCAAUCUGCCCAAAAUUCUCCUUGUCUUUCUUCUCAGGAAGCUGCAGUAUCAACGUCUCUGCCAUGUUUACAAUCUAUAAGCCAUGUCAUGAAUGCUGUGCAUUGCCAAGAAAUUCCGUCACCAUACAAGCCCGUUCUGAAACCUCAGAGAUUAGAAUGCCAAACAUUAGCUGCUCUUCAGCAGAAAAGGAAGCAGUUGCUAGCUCAGUUAGAAAAAGCUCAGUGCACAAAACCUGCUUGUAUUAUUCCUUCCGAAAAUGGAGCAAUUCCUCCCUGCAGUGUUGAAGCAUCAUUCUGCUUGUUCAAAACUGUGGAAGAUGGCAAUGUAGUAUCAUUUUAUUCACCUUGGACAUCUGCAAGCCUAUUCUCUUAUGUCCCGUCUUCAUCAAAUUGCAGCAUGGCCAGUUAUACAUCUGUGAGCUCUUCCUGUAAGGAUGUUGUGCCCCCUGGUUCUAAAGCACAAGUGGAGAAUGGGCUGUCUGAAAUGGACUGCCCUAACUGCACCUUGUUCUGUCCAUCAGAAAAAGAUGAAUUUAUUCCUUUUGAUCCACCAUUGGUUUCCAAGUAUGGGCCAAUAUCACGAUGUUCAAAAAGUCUUAUACGUGGACCUGCCCCUAUACAAGUAAAUGCUGUUUCACAAAUGGGAGAGCUUACUAGUCCUACCUCUGUUGUUAGACAUCCUUUACCAUCAGCUUCAUUAGCACCAUCUUUCUAUGCAGCAACUUCAUCAAGUUUUGCAGUUCCAGUAGCACUUAUACCAGAGCAGUAUCUGCCAGUUGUUGAAUCAGCAUCAGUUGUUGUGCCUGUUGCUGUAUGUCCAUCCAAGGAGACUGAUGUCAUUAGCAUAAACAGCAUGAAAGGCUUUAAAUCUACUGAGGACUGCAUUGGUACCAGUGUAUAUGAAUUACAGAUAAGUGAAUAUGCAUCAGAUAAGAAUCCAAAUACCAGUAUUUUGAAAGAAGAGCUGUGGGAAAUUGAGAAAAGAAUACAGGAAAGAGAACGAACUGUUGCUAAGGAUGGUGUGCAUUACAUAGAACGCCCAUGUAGGCAGAAACAUGAAUUUAAAUCUGGUGGAACAGUACCUACAUCCAUAGGUCCAUGGCCAUCUCAAACUCUUGAAAAUCUUCCACUGAAGCAUUUAGAGGCUGAGUAUGAAAUUAAAGUUGGGGAAGAAAUUAAUGAAAUAGAACAACAAUGGCUGGAAGUUUUGGAGCAAGAAGAAGAUGAUGUGUGGCUGCAAGAAAGUAAUGAUUCGUCAGCAAAAAGCAGUUACCAUGGGCUAAACUGCUAUUAAGAGGCACAACAGUUAUUAUCUAUAAACUGAAUAGGAGACUAGAAACAUUGCUUCUGUGUAAUGAAAUUAUUAUGUAGAAUGACUUACCCUAGAGUUCUGUAGAGAAGCCUCUUCUCAUUGACAAAAACGUUUCCCAAAGAAAUUUCAGUUUUAUAUUGUUGUCUCGAUGAGACAGUUAUUUGACAUUGUCUUGCAGAAAAUGUUAAAACAGUAUUUGUUACUUGGAAUGACUGUUUUCGCCAUGCAUCAUUUAAUUUUAGUUAAAGAGCAUGGUAUAGAAAGUCUCAAUGAGACUAUGAUUAAGGUUAAAUGAAUUUGAAAAAAUUGCAUGUUUAACAUAUUAAGUGAAUUUUUUUUCACUUAUUUAUUGUCUUUAUAGGCAGCGCCUGAUGUACGUGUAGUAAUUUUAUAAAUGUUUGUUAUGCAUGUGAAAUUUCGCUCUUAUCGAAAUGGAUAAUUUCGUGCUGUAGUUUCUGAUAUUCAGAUUAGCAGUAUAUUUUAUUUAUCUUCUGAAUUUGGAGCUGUGAUCAGCUGAAAAUUAAACUGUCCUUUAUUUAUACUAAAUAUCUGUUACAUAUCAAAUGAAUUUUCUUUUGAUGAUUCAUCAGCAAUAUUUGUGCAUGUAAAAACUGAGUACUUCAUUUUUUAUUCACCUGAGACCUUCGAAACUGAGAAGUGUCCGAAUUUAUUUUCUGUGUUAUUUGUACUCAUUUUCUGCAUAUUAAUAAAACUAAAUUUCUGUGA